AUGGCCUUCCAGCUGGCUUUAAGAAACAAUGUAGCUCACCCAUUCUCAUCUGACAAUAAAGCAGCUGGAUGGAAGUGGCUACGUCUGUUUCUGCAGAGGAACCCGACACUAUCUGCACGGAAGCCACAAGCCAUGUCCUUAGCUAGAGUGCAAGGUCUCAAUGAGGAGAGUGUCAACCUUUUUUUCUCCAUUUUGAAGCCGGAAUUAGAAAAAAUAAAGUUUAAUCCACUCAAGGUGUUCAAUGUGGAUGAAACGGGCAUCACAGUGGUGCAGCAUAAAGUGAGGAAGAUCGUCGCAAUGAAAGGGAAGAAGUCGGUGCACAAACUGUCGGCAGAAAGAGGUGCACUCGUGACGGUUGUUAUGUGCAUGUCAGCAUCAGGUUCAUUUGUGCCUCCUCUUAUGAUUUUUCCGAGAAAGCUGAUGAAGAACGAACUCAUGGAUGGAGCUCCACCAGGGGCAAUAGGAGCAGCAAAUGAGUCUGGGUGGAUCACCAGUGAUCUUUUUGAAAAGUGGUUUCAACAUUUCAUUUCAAUUGUGAAGCCAUCAAAGGAAGAUCCUAUUGUGCUGAUAUUGGAUGGACACUAUUCACAUUCUUGCAAUUUGAAUCUCUUAAACCUUGCUUGUGAUAAUGGUGUUCCCAUAGUCUGCUUGCCUCCUCACUCCACUUCAAAAUUGCAGCCUCUUGAUGUUUCAUUCAUGUUCCCUUUCAAAACAUAUUAUGCACAGGCAAUAGAAAAUUGGCUGUCUAACUAUCCUAACCGGGUUGUUUGUAACCUCCAGAUUGCUCAGCUAUUUAAUGAAGCCUAUGCAAAGGCAGAAGUUGUGAAAACUGCUGUCAAUGGUUUUAAGAAAACUGGGAUUCUGCCUUACAACCCGAAUGUGUUUGGCCCAGAAGACUUUUUGGCAACACCACCUGCUGAAGCAUCCUCAGCUCCUGAACCAUCUGCAAAAAGUCAACCCUCAACAAGCACAGACAUACGACCUGCCUCUCCAUCCAAUCAACCUUCAUGCAGCACACAGAUACCACAGUUAACAACAGUUAGCCCAAGAGAUAUUGUAGGAGUACCUGUUAUUCAUCCAUCCACAUCCAAGCGACGAGGCAAUGCUGCUCUUCUUACCAGCUCACCUUACAAGAAGAAACUACAAGACAGUAAAGAGAAAAUCGAUCUUAAAGUGAGGAAACAGUUGAAUCCAAUUCCAAAGACAUUGCCAGGAAAGGAAAAAAACAGUUGA